AUGAGGUUCGGUGAACACCUCCGCUCGUCCAUGAUCCGGGACUACCACCCCUUCUAUAUCGCCUACGACGAGCUGAAGAAAAGUCUCAAGACCGAUUACGUGACUCCGCCGACCCCCGAAAACGCCAAACCCCCUCGUCGCGAAUGGACCGAGGAUGACGAGAAGAAUUUCGUCACUCUGCUCGAGAGCGAGUUGGAGAAGGUCUUUACUUUCCAGAAGCGGAAGAGUGAGGAGAUUGUCGAGCGCAUCCAGGCUAGUGAGCUCGAAGUCAGUGAUGUCGUGUCUCGCCUCGAGCGCUCCGCUGGCAAUCGCCGGGAUAGCGUUCGUAUGCCCCCGCCCGACGACGAGGAUUUCUUGCAGCUCGAAGAGAUUCUCAGCGAUAUCAUUGCCGACGUCCACGAUCUCGCCAAAUUCACCCAGCUGAACUACACUGGGUUCCAGAAGAUUAUUAAGAAGCACGACAAACAAACCCAAUGGUACCUCAAGCCGGUCUUUGCUGCCCGACUCAAUGCCAAGCCUUUUUUCAAGGACAACUACGAUGCCUUCGUGAUCAAUCUCUCCAAGCUGUAUGACCUUGUCCGUACUAAGGGUAACCCGGUCAAGGGCGAUGCGUCCGCUGGUGGAAACCAGCAAAACUUUGUUCGUCAAACAACCAAAUACUGGGUUCACCGGGAUAACAUCACCGAAUUGAAGCUGGUCAUCCUGAAGCACCUGCCGGUCUUGGUCUUCAAUGCCAAUAAGGAAUUCGAGGAGAAAGAUACCGCGAUUUCGUCCAUUUAUUACGAUAACACCGAUACUUGGGAGUUGUACCAAGGCCGUCUGAAGAAGACUGAGGGUGCCGAGGCCAUCCGUCUCCGUUGGUAUGGAGGCAUGGAAAGCGACCAGAUCUUCUUGGAGCGGAAGACUCACCGCGAGGACUGGACUGGAGAGAAAUCCGUCAAGGCUCGUUUCUCCCUGAAGGAGAAGAAUGUCAAUGCGUUCCUGGAGGGCCGUAUGACCGUGGAGCAGGCAUUCGACAAGAUGCGCAAGGAGGGCAAGAAGAGCCCCGAGGAGAUUGCCGACCUCGAGCAGCUGGCCCGGGAGAUCCAAUACCGAGUCAUCACCCGCCGUCUGGUCCCGGUUACUCGCACUUUCUACCACCGAACGGCCUUCCAGCUUCCGGGGGAUGCCCGUGUCCGUAUUUCUCUUGAUACGGAGCUUACCAUGAUUCGAGAGGACAAUAUGGAUGGCCGCCGGCGGGCCGGCAACAACUGGCGCCGCAUGGAUAUCGGCGUGGACUUCCCAUUCUCACAACUGCCUCCGGAGGAUAUCGAUCGCUUCCCCUACGCCGUGCUGGAGGUGAAGCUGCAGACCCAGGCUGGCCAGGAACCCCCGCAAUGGAUUCGUGAAUUGACCGCGAGUCACUUGGUUGAAGCUGUGCCGAAGUUCAGCAAGUUCAUUCACGGAACUGCCACCCUAUUCCCUACCCGGAUCAACCUGCUUCCUUUCUGGUACCCACAGAUGGAUGUCGACAUUCGCAAGCCCGUUAACCGGCACUACGGUAUUCAACGGCCGUUAGCCAGCACAUCAUUGUCUGCCAAUGACGAGGACGACUCAGACGACGAAGAUUCCCCGCAAUCCGCCCAAAACCACGAGAAUGGGUUUGCUCAUCACAUCGGCGACGAUAGUCGCCUCUUCACCGAGACAAACGGCAAUGAGCUCGACAUCGAAGAACGUAUCGCCGCACAGCCUAUCGCCGGCGACGAGGACUACCCACUCUACGACUCAGACGAUGAAUCCGUCUACUCUGACGAACUCGAAGAAGCCCGACGCGUCGGCGGCACAUACUACGCCAAACAGCUGUCAAAAUACUACCUCCAAAAGACCGGCCAUCUCCUCGCCCAGGGCCUACUUGCCAUCAUCCCCCGACCCCGCUCCACCCCAAUGCCCCCGCCCGAACAGCGCGGCAUCGCCCGAAUCUUCGUCCCCGUCCGCGUCGAGCCAAAGGUCUACUUCGCCGCGGAGCGCACAUUCCUCUCCUGGCUCGAAUUCUCCAUCAUUCUCGGCGGUAUCGCGGCGACACUACUCAACUUUGGCGCUGACUACGUCGCCCUGGCUUCCUCGUGGGCAUUUACCAUCUUGGCCGCUGGCGCUCUGAUCUACAGUCUCUUCCUGUAUAUCUGGCGCGUGGACAAGAUUCGGAAACGCCGCGAUGUCAAGCGUGUGUAUUACGAGAAGUGGGGACCGACCAUCGUCUCUGUUGGUCUUGUCGUUGUCGUACUGGUUAAUUUCGGUAUGCGUAUUCACAAGGGUGGAUUUACUGCCAAGGACCCCAUUAGUGGUGGUCCUCUUCCUAUCCCCGGUAAUGGGAAUGGAACGAUGAAGCAUGGUGAUGAAUUGUAA